UUCUUGUUUGGUUUUAUUGUGGGGGAAAUUUGCCCUUGGACCUCUGAUCUCAAACAAGGAACUUCCCAAGAAUAUGUAAAUAUCUCCAAAUGCAGUUUCAUCCGAGAUUCACGGCGCAAAGCAUUGCCUUGCAGAUCUGAGAGAUGGCUUCCACUGUGGUCUGGAUCUUACUUGUCUUGAGCAUCUCUUCCACUUAUGGUCGUCCCCAGGGGCGAAUCCUGGGCGGGCGAGAGCCCCAGCCUCACUCGAUGCCCUAUAUGGCAUCCCUGCAGGAGAAUGGGAAGCACAUCUGUGGCGGUUUCCUCAUUGCAGCCGAAUGGGUGCUGAGCGCUGCCCACUGUUUGGAGGAUACGAUCAAUGGGACGUUCCAGGUCCUCUUGGGGGCCCACUCGCUCACGGCCCCUGAACCCCACAAGCGCCUCUACGGGAUCCGCCGUCUCGUCCCCCACCCUGGGAGCAGCAUCGAGACCAACGCCGAUGACCUCUUGCUUGUCCAGGUGGGUCUCCUGGACCCGAGACUGAAAUGCUCUCCUUUCCAUGUAAAGACUCCCUCCCAGAAGUAUGAGGUGUCAGUUUGUGGUCCCCCAUCUUUUCAAGAUAGGUUGUAGGAUACCCCCCCCCCC